GUGGCGCGGGAAUGGAAGGGCCGCUGGAUAACCUGGCCGUGGAGCCGGGAGGGCCGCGGGAAGUGGCAGAGCAGAUGGAGAGCCCGGCCGUGGGGCCGGGAGGGCAGCGAGAGGUGGUGGAGCAGCUGGAGGACCUGGCUGUGAAGCUGGGAGGGCAGCGGGAAGUGGUGGAGGAGACGGAGUGCCUGGCUGUGGAGUCAGGAGGGCAGCGAGAGGUAGUGGAGCAGCUGGAGGACCCGGCUUUGGGGCCUGCCGGGCAGCGGGAAGUGGCGGAGCAGCUGGAGAACCAGGCCGUGGGACCGGGCGGGCAAGCAGAUGGAGAGCCUGAGACCGAGUGCCUGGCUGUGGGCCCUGGCGGGCAGCGAGAGGUAGUGGAGCAGCUGGAGGACCUGGCGGUGGAAUCGGGCGGGCAGAGGGAAAUGAUGGAGCAGAUGGAGACCCUGGCCGUGGAGCUGGGAGGGCAGCGGGAAGUGGUGGAGCAACUGGAGAACCGGGCUUUGGGGCCGGGCGGGCAGCAGGAAUUGGUGGAGGAGAUGGAGUGCCUGGCCGUGGGACCUGACGGGCAGCGGGAAGUGGUGGAGCAGCUGGAGAACCCGGCCGUGGAGCCGGCCGGGCAGCGGGCGGCCGAGCGGGAGAUGGCGCAGAGCCCUGCGGAGGGCGGCGGGGGAGCCCAGGCCCCUCUGCCCGCAGCCGUGGGACCGCGCCGCUCGCCGCCGCCCGCCUGGCCCCGCUCUCCCGCCGCCGCUGUGCUCUCGUCGGACUCGGACAGUGAUUCAGAUAGUUCAUCAAGUACACUCUUCUCUUCAUCUUCGUCUUCAGCAGUAUCUGAUGAAGAUGAUCAUCCAAAUGAGAAGGAUAACAGAUCUUACUGUAUUAGGACAAAGGAUGAGUUGCCUAUUGAUAAAUUGCCUCCUGUUGAAGACUUAUCAAUAAUUCUUCCAGAUAAUGUUGAACUGAAGCUCUUUGGGACAGUUUCCAGCAUCAUUGAACAGCUAGUAAUAAUUGAAUCACUGAAAGGCCUGCCUCCAGUAAAUGAGGAAAGCAUAAUUUUUAAAGAAGAUCGGCAAGCGGUAGGAAAGAUAUUUGAGGUAUUUGGUCCUGUUUCACAUCCUUUUUAUGUGAUAAGAUUUAACAGCUCUGAGCAUAUCAAAGAGAAAGGUAUUAAUGUGCAAGAUAGCAUGUAUUUUGCUCCAUCAGUAGAGGACUUCACCCAGUAUAUAUUUGCAGAAAAACUAAAACAGGAAAAAGGUUCAGAUGCAUCUUGGAAGAAUGACCAAGAACCACCACCUGAAGUUUUGGAUUUCAGUGAUGAUGAAGAAGAAAGAGAGGCAAAACAGAAGAAAAAGAAACCUCAAAGUCAAGGAAGGAAGAAAGUCCGAUCAGAAACAUUUCCACCAAGUGAGAAUAAAGAACUUCAUCACUCAGUGAAGCAGCCUGCUUCAAGUUACUCAAGGGGGUACCGUGGCCGAGGGUUCUCCAGGGAUCUGUUUGCUCCUCCAUCAGGCCCUCGAGGGUUUUUCAGACCACAAGUAAGACCACCACCACUGUACUUCUCAGACUGGAGGAUGCACCAGGAACCACCAGUGUUCCCACCACCUCAUGGGAGAGAAAAUCCAACCAUGCAACAGUAUGGCUUUCCUCCUCCAGAUUUUGGUUAUGUCAGUGAUUGGCAUCAAUUCCCACCUCCGCCUCCAAAUACGAACAUGAUGUGGACAGGCCCAAACGCGUACAAUUCAUCCUACUCGUUUCUGCCGCCACCGCCGCCACCACCACCACCACCUCCUGCUCCAGACAGCCAUCCUCCUCAGUUCAGGCCUUAAUGAGAUUCCAUACAGGUCCAUGUGGAGCAUUGCAGUUUACAGGGAGAAAGAACAGCCUGCCAGGACUGCAUUCCCUUGUUCUGGAGAUGCUUUUUUUUUACUGCUGCGGUAGAGCAAAUGCAGAGUUUUGUGUUUUGUGGGACAUCUGCAGGAAAUUAUUUUUUUCUGUGUAUGUUUUCUGUUUCCAAAAAGAAAUUUAUAUGUUAAAAAUAACUGAAUAUUGAAUAAUAGUUUAUUUUUAUAUCUGCUACUUUAAGAUGAUAAAUAAAAGCCUUUUGGAGAUUGGUAUGUAGUGAUGGAAAUCCAUUUUGUAAUAAAUGUAAGAGUUUAUGUAACUACUGUUAAGUAGUGAUGAGGGCAUCUCACAUAGACAAUAUUAUAUUUUUAGAAUAAUGGUGUAUUGCUGUGCUAAAACAUGCUUCUCAAUUUCUGCAAAUUUGAAACUUACGUGGGAACUGAAAAUCUGACAUCUAAAUUUUGAGGUAGGUUUUUUUCCUAUAUGCAAGGCAUAAACCACUACUCAGCUUUCAGUACUUUACUAAUUUCAUGUUAACUAAAAGACUGUGUCUGGAUGGUUCUUUCUAAAAAAUAUCUGUAGUACCUAGAUCUGAAUUGGGACCAGUGCUGACUUGCUGUGUCACAUUUGGUGUUCUCCAAUGGUUGUAGAAGAUCAUCCUAUUCAUGGGUUUUGGAUUUAAUUUAGAAUCUAAAAUCAGCAUGAUUUCUC